CUGCAGCGGGUCUUCACCGCCGGCGAAAUUGAGCUUUCCGAGGACUAUACCUGCGUCAUCUCCCACGGCCCCAUCCCGAAAACCACUCACAUAUUCGACGAUUGCAUCAUCGACGCCUGCUGCGGCGUGUUUACCCUCGAUCCCUCGGUCAAAGAAGCGUCUGACGAUUUCUACCCUUCUGAGAGCGUGAUUAUAAUAAUUUUUUAUUUUUUUUUCAUUUUACUUUAUUGUGAAAAUGAGUUGGAAAUGGUAGAAGAUUAA